AUGAAUAAACCAUUCAAUGUCACAAAAUACUUGAGGAGCGAGACCACCUUUCUGGAAGAGUUGGUGUUUGGAAGUGGAGAUACCAUUGAACUUUCCUGUAACACCCAAGGCUCUUCUGUGUCUGUUUUCUGGUUUAAAGAUGGUAUCGGGAUUGCACCUACCAACAGAACUCAUAUUGGACAAAAACUGUUGAAGAUAAUCAAUGUGUCAUAUGAUGACUCAGGGCUGUACAGUUGCAAGCCAAGACAUUCCAACGAGGUCCUGGGAAACUUUACAGUCAGAGUUACAGAUUCCCCUUCGUCGGGUGAUGAUGAAGAUGACGAUGAUGAGUCAGAAGAUACAGGUGGCCCCUUCUGGACCCGGCCAGAUAAGAUGGAGAAGAAACUGCUGGCAGUUCCCGCCGCCAACACCGUUCGCUUCCGAUGUCCGGCGGGUGGAAACCCCACUCCGUCCAUCUACUGGCUGAAAAACGGCAAGGAGUUCAAGGGAGAGCAUAGGAUUGGGGGCAUCAAGUUGCGACACCAGCAGUGGAGCUUGGUGAUGGAGAGUGUUGUGCCGUCAGACCGAGGAAAUUACACCUGUGUUGUGGAGAACAAAUACGGCAAUAUUAGGCACACGUACCAGCUUGAUGUAUUAGAAAGGUCACCCCACCGACCAAUCCUACAAGCAGGGCUCCCUGCCAACCAGACUGUGGUGGUAGGGAGCAAUGUGGAGUUUCACUGCAAGGUCUACAGUGAUGCCCAGCCUCACAUCCAGUGGCUGAAACACGUGGAAGUCAACGGCAGCAAAUAUGGACCUGAUGGGACGCCCUAUGUCACGGUGCUGAAGACGGCAGGUGUUAACACAACGGAUAAGGAGCUAGAGAUUCUGUACUUGCGAAAUGUUACUUUUGAGGAUGCUGGGGAAUAUACUUGUCUCGCAGGGAAUUCUAUUGGGUUCUCACAUCACUCUGCUUGGCUGACGGUGCUACCAGCAGAGGAGCUCAUGGAAAUGGAUGAUUCGGGGUCAGUGUACGCUGGCAUUCUCAGUUACGGCACUGGCUUUGUUCUCUUCAUCCUCGUGCUGGUCAUUGUGAUUAUCUGCAGGAUGAAAAUGCCAAACAAAAAAGCCAUGAACACCCCCACUGUACAGAAAGUCUCCAAAUUUCCACUCAAGAGACAGCAGGUGUCGUUGGAGUCCAACUCUUCCAUGAAUUCCAACACGCCCCUGGUCCGGAUCACGCGUCUCUCCUCCAGCGACGGGCCGAUGCUGGCCAACGUCUCUGAGCUGGAACUGCCUCCUGAUCCCAAGUGGGAAUUGGCACGCUCUCGCCUGACCUUGGGAAAGCCACUUGGCGAGGGGUGUUUUGGCCAAGUGGUGAUGGCAGAAGCAAUUGGGAUUGAUAAGGACAAGCCAAACAAGGCCAUCACGGUUGCUGUCAAGAUGUUAAAAGAUGAUGCCACAGACAAGGACCUUUCCGAUCUGGUCUCUGAGAUGGAAAUGAUGAAAAUGAUUGGGAAGCACAAAAACAUUAUUAAUCUCCUCGGUGCCUGCACGCAGGACGGACCGCUCUACGUGUUGGUGGAAUAUGCGUCGAAGGGGAACUUGCGGGAAUACCUCAGGGCACGUCGCCCACCUGGCAUGGACUAUUCCUUCGACACCUGCAAGCUGCCGGAGGAGCAGUUGACAUUUAAAGACCUGGUUUCCUGCGCUUACCAGGUGGCCCGUGGCAUGGAGUACUUGGCAUCUCAGAAAUGCAUUCAUCGCGACUUGGCAGCCAGGAACGUGUUAGUCACUGAAGACAAUGUGAUGAAAAUAGCUGAUUUUGGCCUCGCUAGAGACGUUCACAACAUCGACUAUUACAAGAAAACCACCAACGGUCGGCUGCCUGUGAAAUGGAUGGCUCCAGAAGCCUUGUUUGACCGGGUCUAUACUCACCAGAGUGAUGUCUGGUCUUUUGGAGUGCUACUAUGGGAGAUCUUCACUUUGGGAGGGUCUCCGUACCCGGGAAUUCCUGUUGAGGAACUCUUCAAACUCUUGAAGGAAGGCCAUCGGAUGGACAAACCUGCAAACUGCACCCAUGAUUUGUACAUGAUCAUGCGGGAGUGCUGGCACGCCGUCCCCUCGCAGCGGCCCACCUUCAAGCAGCUGGUGGAAGACCUGGACAGGGUCCUCACCGUGACGUCCACCGAUGAGUACCUGGACCUCUCGGUACCCUUCGAGCAGUACUCGCCGGCUGGCCAGGACACCCACAGCACCUGCUCCUCGGGGGAUGACUCAGUCUUUGCACAUGACCUGAUGCCCGAUGAGCCCUGCUUGCCCAAGCACCCCUCCUGCAACGGUGUCAUCCGGACGUGAGGACACCC